CCUCGAUCAAAAUCACCCAUUCCGUCGGAUCACUGUGCAAACUUCUUCCUCAUGCUGUAGCCGCAAUGGCUUUCCGCGACCUAUCCUCGUCGGUUGGCCUACAUAAGAAGAUGGGAGGGAACAUUGAAUCCUGCACUUCUCUCUUCCUCACGAUCACCAAAGGCCAUUCCCACCCAGCGUCUCAACGACUCGAUCCUUCCGCACGCGAGAGAGCGCUCGUUCGGCCAUAAUGUCUGCAUCAGAGCUUUGCCGCUACACGGUGAUCCACUACAAACCCAACAAGGCCGUCAACCUCGUCGUCGGUGCAAUCUACAUCGCAUGGGCGAUCGCCUUUGCCGUGCACCAGUUCCGCUGGCGAUCGAGAAGCGCGCCCGGAUGGCGCUGGGGAUGGGUGCUGCCCGGCGGCUGCAUCUUCUCGGGCAUCGGCUACUUUAUCCGCCCGCAGAUCGACCCGUGCGACUUCAAGUUGGGGACCUUCAUUGGCCAGCAGAUGCUGAUCAUCCUUUCGCCCUGUUUUUUCAUCGCAUUCAACUACGCUAUCUUUGGCCGCGCUAUCACAGCCACGCGGGAGCCUCGACUGAGCUGGAUCGCACCGGACAAGGUCUCCAAGAUCUUUGUCUGGUCCGAUGUCAUCACCUUUUGGAUCCAGGGCGGCGCCGGCGGACUGCAGGCCAAGCAAGGGCCCCUGCAAGUGUGGGGAUCACGCAUCUUUCUCGUCGGCGUCGGCCUACAGGCGCUCAGCUACUGCGUUUUCACGUCGCUCGUCGUCACCGCUCACGCUCGUGCCAGCGUCGGCAGAUGUCGAUCCAUGAGCCAGAGCCAGCUCGGAGCCGACGCUGUCCGACGCCUCCGACAUCUGUUCUGGGCCUUUCACGUCACCAACGCCUUCUACCUGGUUCGAUGCACCUACCGUGUGCUCGAGUACGCGUUCGGCAACGACAGCAUCCUGAUGAAGUCCGAGGGCUGGCUGAUUGGCCUCGACGCAGCGCCCAUCCUCCUGGCGCUCGCCGUGUGGAUCCUCCGCUACCCCAUCGCGACUGUGUGUCUCAUCAACGAUGGCCACCAGGAGAACCCGCUGGAGACGGUCAAGAUGCUUCCGGAGGAUGCCAGUGCGGAAAAUGUCAACUACUAUUCCUCAAAGCACGUAUCUAGAGACCUGGCGUAGAAGGCCACCGAAGCUCUUGCCAAUGGACUAUCAGAUUCUGUUUCGUCGCAGACGAAGGACUGUCAUUGGCUGAAAGAUAAGUAGAAGCGAUUGAAGGGUAACUUCCUCGCGAGGUACGUACAUGACCCGCACGGCAUGCCCGUAGGGCCAGAAAGGGGCGCAGCAGACUAAAAUCAGGUAGCGAUGGGCCGGAAGCGCACAUAGUAGGGCGAGCAAGGGAGC